UCCUAUUCCAUGCAGUUCAGUGAAUCAUUCGUCGCCUAGAAUUGCAUUACAUCAAGGUAAACAAGGAGAGUCAUCAAUGUGUAGGGGAGCUGCACUUCUGCACACCUUUGAGCAGCAGUAUGAUGCAGGCCGGAGUCUGUCUGAGACAGGACACCGAGGCAACACUACCAGAGCUCACUCAGCAGUACAGGAUCAGACAGAAGGAAGAGGAAUUCAGUGGACUGGAGUCUAUCCACAUGGCAGAGUCAGAGACAGAGUGUGCUGCACCAGGACUCAACACACUGGAGCCAGAGUGUGUUACAGCACACAGCAGGGUCAGUGAUGUACAACAUACACACACAUCACUGAUUAAAACAGAAACUGAUCUGGGCUCCACCCACACUGGAGAUCUUAAGAUGGAGAGCCUCGACCAUACAGAGCUGGGAUGUGUAACCCAUCUGCAUCCUGACCAAAUCAAAACGGAGACAGAUGAUGGAGGUUACCUGAAGGCAGAACAUAUCAGUGACUUGAAGGAUUUUAAAUGUGUUCAUAUUAAAUUUGAUAAGAUUGAAUCCAGUGAAAUUUUAGUGAGUGAUCUCAUGAAUACUGUGAUGAAUGGGGCUGGUGUUGGUCACAAAGGCCAGACUGAAUCAGGGCAAUGUGCAGGACAGCCAAGCCCAAAUUGUAAAAAAGAGGAACCUUACGGCCUACUGACCCAUUGUGGAGACUUAAAUGAUCACUGUGACAUGAACAGUGAAAAUAAGCUGACCAGAAUUGUCCAGAAAAGUGCAAAUAGUAGCAACAAACCUGUAAACGGUCAGAGAACAAAUGUGAUCAUUGAACCCAUGAUAAUUCAAUCAAGUAAAACACAAAGCCUUUUGAAAAUCUUUCAAAAAAACGCUGUGCAUAGAAAUGAAUGUGAAAUUCAUGCAGGUCAAAAGCCAUACAAAUGUACACAAUGUGAGAAGUGUUUUACUACAAAAUCUUAUUUAAAUGUACAUCAGAGAAUUCAUACAGGUGAGAAGCCUUACCAGUGUGCACAUUGUGGGAAGUGCUUUUCCAUAAAGUAUCUAUUAAAAUGCCACUGGGCAAUUCAUACAGGUGAGAAGCCAUACAAAUGUACACAAUGUGAGAAGUGUUUUAGAACAAAAUCUAAUUUAAGUGUACACCAGAGAAUUCAUACAGGUGAGAAGCCUUACAAAUGUACACAAUGUGGGAAGUGUUUUAAUAGAAAAGCUUAUUUAAAUGCACAUUUGACAAUUCAUACAAGUGAAAAGCUCUACAAAUGUACUCAUUGUGAGAAGUGCUUUGCAAAUAUGUAUCAUUUACGUAGCCACCUGAGAAUUCACACAGGUAAAAAGCCAUACAAGUGCACGCAGUGUGAGAAAUGUUUUAUAUCAAAAGCUAAAUUAAAUACACACCAAAGAUUUCAUACUGGUGAAAACCUGUACAGUUGUACACAGUGUGGGAAGUGCUUUUUUGUGCUAUCUGAUUUAAAUGCCCAUGAAAGAAUUCAUACCAUUGAAAAGCCCUACGAAUGUAUUCCUUGCGGGAAGUGCUUUUCCCAAAUAUCUCAUUUAAAUCAACACCUGAGAAUUCAUACAGGUGAGAGGCCUUACAAGUGUACACAGUGUGGGAAGGGCUUUUCCCAAAUGCGUGUUUUAAGUAACCAUAAGAGAAUUCAUUCAGGUGAACGACCAUACAAGUGUACACAUUGUGGGAAGUGCUUUUCCACAAGAUCUCAUUUAAAGAACCACCAGAUAAUUCAUACAGGUGAAAAACCAUACAAGUGUACACAGUGUGAGAAAUGUUUUACUACCAAAUCUUAUUUAAGUGUACACCAGUUAAUUCAUACAGGUGAGAAGCCUUACCAGUGUGCACAUUGUGGAAAGUGCUUGUCCACAAAGUAUCAAUUAAAUUGCCACUUGACAGUUCAUACAGGUGAGAAGCCUUACAAAUGUACCCAAUGUGAGAAGUGUUUUAUGUCAAAAGCUAACUUAAAUAUACACCUGAGAAUUCAUACAGGUGAGAAGCCCUGCAAAUGUAUUCAUUGUGGGAAGUGCUUUUCCCGAAUAUAUAAUUUAAAUCGCCACCUGAGAAUUCAUACUGGUGAAAACCUGUACAAUUGUACACGGUGAGGGAAGUGCUUUUCUGUGCUAUCUAAUUUAAAUGCCCACAAAAGAAUUCACACCAUUGAAAAGCCCUACGAAUGUACUGUGUGGGAUUCGAUUUUCAGAAAUGUUUGAUUGAAAUAGACACCUGAGAGUUCAUACAGGUGAAAAGCCAUACAUGUGUACACAGUGUGAGAAGCGUUUUAAUAGUAAAUUUUCUUUAAAUAGAGACCUGAGUAUUCAUACAGGUGAAAAGCCCUACAAAUUUAUUCAUUGUGGGAAGUGUUUUCCCGAAGUAGGUCACUUAAAAGGACACCUGAAGAUUAAUUCAAGGGAAAAGCCCUAAACAUUGAAGUGUGGUAAGGGCUUUUCCACACUGCCUCAUGCCAACCAUGUACUGUACGUAAUGCUAGUUUUAGAUGAUUGUCACCUGAGAAUACAUACGAGUCUUUCAAAUGCACUCAAUGUGUAAAUAAAGUUCUCCUUUUCAUGGCAAAGGACAACUCUAACAAGUAAAUAGCCUGACAAAUGUAUUCAUGGUGGGAAGUGUUUGAGGAAAGCAUCCAUUACAUGAUGUAGUUUGCAUAGGAAACAUUCCUGAUGUACAUCAAAUUGUGGGUUUUUAAUUUGAAUUCAAGGAGUGAGGAAGAAUUUGGUACCCUAACAAUUUUGGAGUGUUUGUUGUGCAUUUUGUAUAUGUAAAAUGUAAUUCCUUGUAGAUUGAAGUGUGGUAUUUUGCCAUUAUGAAAUUGACUGCAACAUAAUCUGUUUGAAAGAACCAAUGUGAAAUCUUUGGAUAUACUGUCAAAAGAAACAUGGUUUUGUGUAUUGCAAACUUGUUUUCUGAAAAUAAACUUACUGGCAUUUCCAAUUCUUUUACUGCCAUUGUAGAAGCUGUAAUGCGCCUGUCAAUUAAAGCCGAUUAUUAGACCUCA